GGGGUUUUUUUAUUUUUUUCCUGCUUUUCUGCUUGGAGACUGAGGCUCUGUUUUUGCUGCGAAAAAGGCGGCGUUUUGAUAUGGCGAGCUCUAUACAAUCAUAGCUGGCGUGAGAUGCAGCAUGGCGGACAAGAACAGCGCCCUGAAAUGCACGUUCUCUGCUCCUGGCCACAGCACCGUGCUCCUGCAAGGACUGGCCUCGCUCCGGGCUCAGGCGCAGCUGCUUGAUGUCAUCCUCACUAUAAAUCACGAAGCAUUUCAGGUUCAUAAAGUUGUCUUGGCUGCCUGCAGUGACUACUUCAGGGCCAUGUUCACCGGAGGGAUGAGAGAAACCAAUCAAGAUGUGAUUGAACUGAAAGGGGUGUCCGCCAAGGGACUGAAACACAUAAUAGACUUUGCUUAUAGCGCCGAAGUGACCCUCGAUCUGGAUUGUAUUCAGGAUGUGCUGGGUGCGGCUGUCUUCCUCCAGAUGGUGCCUGUGGUGGAGCUCUGCGAAGAGUUCCUGAAGUCUGCGAUGAGCGUGGAAACGUGUCUUAAUAUCGGGCAGAUGGCCACCACCUUCAGUCUGGCUUCCUUGAAGGAGUCGGUGGACGCCUUCACCUUUAGGCACUUUCUUCAGAUUUCCAAAGAAGAAGACUUUCUGCACCUGCCCCUGGAUCGCCUGGUCUUCUUCUUGCAGAGCAAUAAACUGAAGAGCUGCAGUGAAAUAGACCUCUUCCACGCUGCCAUCCGCUGGCUGCAGCACGACCAGUCCCGCCGGGCCAACGCCAGCCAGGUGCUCUGCCACAUUCGCUUCCCGCUCAUGAAAUCAUCCGAGCUGGUGGACAGCGUGCAGACCCUGGACAUCAUGGUGGAGGACGUCUUGUGCCGGCAGUAUCUGCUGGAAGCGUUCAACUACCAGAUCCUGCCCUUCCGCCAGCAUGAGAUGCAGUCUCCUCGAACCACCAUCCGCUCGGACGUCCUGUCCCUCAUCACCUUCGGCGGCACCCCGUACACCGACAACGACCGGACCGUGAGCGGCAAAGUAUAUUACUUGCCAGACACCAAUGUGCGUCAAUUCAAGGAGCUCACGGAGAUGGAGGUGUGCAGCAGCCACGCCUGUGUGGCGGUGCUUGACAACUUUGUCUACGUGGUAGGGGGACAGCACCUGCAGUACCGCAGUGGGGAGGGCGCGGUCGAUAUCUGCUACCGCUACGACCCCCACUUGAACCAGUGGCUGCGCAUCCAAGCCAUGCAAGAGAGCAGGAUACAAUUUCAGCUGAACGUCUUGCACGGCGUGGUGUAUGCCACGGGUGGGAGGAACCGGUCGGGGAGCCUGGCCUCCGUAGAGAAGUAUUGUCCCAAAAAGAACGAGUGGACCUACGUGUGCUCCCUCAAACGAAGGACGUGGGGGCAUGCUGGGGCCACAGCGGGAGGGAAGCUGUACAUAUCGGGUGGGUAUGGCAUAUCUGUGGAAGACAAAAAAGCCCUGCACUGUUAUGACCCCACAGUUGACCAAUGGGAGUUUAAAACCCCAAUGAACGAACCCCGAGUCCUGCAUGCCAUGGUGAGUGCAAAUCUGAGGAUUUAUUCCCUAGGAGGGCGCAUGGACCACGUGGACCGUUGUUUUGAUGUAUUGGCUGUGGAAUACUACGUGUCUGAAACUGACCAAUGGACAACCGUGACCCCGAUGCGGGCAGGACAGUCGGAAGCUGGUUGUUGCUUGCUAGAAAAGAAGAUCUAUAUUGUGGGGGGGUACAACUGGCACCUGAACAAUGUCACGAGCAUCGUGCAAGUGUAUAACACGGAAACAGAUGAAUGGGAAAGGGACCUGCAUUUCCCAGAGUCUUUUGCUGGCAUAGCAUGUGCUCCCGUUGUUCUACCACAAAUAACAACCCAGAGAUAACCAGGUGCGACUGGGCUGGCUGCAAGACCCUCUCUUGCAUUGCAUGUUCUCAGGACUGUGCAUUGUCUCUUUGUUUGCAAAUAACAUUGUGUGUUUGAGGGGCGGGGGUUUGGGGGAGGGAAGGAAGGAGGAAAAUAGCUUUCACCCCCUUCUCCAGGAAACCUCCUCCUCCUCUUCUUUAGCAUCCUGGCAGCUGUUCUUGUCGGCCAGUUAGACUUAACAUGCUGCAGCUAGACAAGGCUCCUUGGUUUUUUGGGGGGGAGGGGGAGAUGCAUUACUUUGCCCAUCUUUUUAAUGCCCUUGCAUGUUGCAGACCGUAACCGCUCUGCAGUGGUGCUGAAGUGCCGUGGGAGGUUUAGAUGAAUUCCCAUGUGAUUUCAUGAAUGUUUCCUGGUUCCCAGAACUCAUUGCUGUGUGUAGGCUUGUGUCCUCUUGUUUUUAACAAACAAAACCAAACUAUAACAUACUGACCUCCAGAAGCAAUAAGGGGAUGCUGGGAAGGAGACAAGAUGGGGGGCUUGGCUUCCCAAGAUGUGAUUCCCCCCCCCCCCCCCCCGCUUUCCUUUUGACUAAUAGGAUACAGGCAGUCCCUGACUUACGAACGGGUAACGUUCCGAACACCUGGUUGUAACUCAAUUUGUUCGUAAGUCGGAAAAACCCUUAAAUGCGCUGCCCGCGCUGUUUGAAAAACUUGAUGCAUAUGGUUCUCAACUCGAAAAUAUUGUAAUGGGGUUAAUGGGAGGUUGGUCAUAAGUCGAUGUGUUCGUAAGUCAGGGAGUGGCUGUACAGGGUAUCUCUGACCACUGAGGUCUGUGUCGAUUCUGUUUGCUCUUUGCCAAACAGGACAGUUUAAUCAACCUUCUCCUCCCACUCCUCCAGAGAGCCGCAUCAUGUUCUACUCAACAAAACUCCCCUUUCAUUAGGGCCCCCAGACUUUACAACCCAAAUGGCCAUGUUGGCAGCUCGCCAGGAGCUUGAGUGUGUUGCUAAUUGAAUCUAAACAUGCAUGACUUUCAUCAUGGCCACUAAAGCAUGUGACAGGCCCAGCAAUAAGAACCCUGGUGGUGUAAUCCAUCUGCAUGCUGAGGAUGUAGGCAGAGGGCACCGCUCCUUCCUGUUUGAGCUCAUUUCUUCCCCGCCCCGGGCAAAUUCACCCACACUGGGUGCUUGUCCUCCUGCGAAAAGGUUCCUUUGCUGCCCCAUUUAUGAAUAAGAAAUGUCCGCUCCGAAUACCGCCGAAAUCUGUGAAAUGUAAAGUUCUCUUGCUCCCAGAUCUUUAAGUUGUUAACUAGAGAUUCCUUUUGAGGACUUUGUGGUGUGUGAAAUAUAUUUGUUUUCUGCCGGCAGAACUUCUCAGUGAUCUUCUUUGUCAGGUCAGUUUUCUAAGGAGAUGGGCCUUUUGGGGCACUGGAAGUUUCUCCUUUUAUCAGGAAUAUUGUGUCAAGGGCUUCAUUACCUUUCUUUUUUGGUGUAUGCAAAACUUUGAGAAGCAGGUUCUGGCAUUUCUGUAAAUGCUAAGUUGUUACCUUUUUAGAGGGCGUAUAAAAAUCUGUUUUGCUAACGUACCCUUGCUCAGGCCCAAGUGCUGAAGCAGAAUUCACAUUCAUUGGGAGAGAUUUCUCAAGGAUUGAAAUUCAAACAUUUGCAGAAGCGAUGCAGAAAGUUACCCGGCUAAGCCCCAGAUCUGACACAUUCACCGUGAAGACGACCUGGUGAAAAAUUAAAUUCUCUGGUUUCAUUCCUUUUUUUGGCCACCGGUGGAGGCUUUAUUUUUAUUCCUUCAUUUUGCUGCAAGAUUCCAAAUUCUACGGGUAAGCUCCACGCGCUGGCGCUGAAGUAGUUUGCUACCCCAUCUCGCCUCCCCUUGUGCCGAUGUUGCUGCAAAAAAGGGCUUCUUGCCAAGAAAUUGACACCAUUUGAGAGGAAAGAAAUGUUAAUAGAAGGACUAAAGCAACCAAAUAAUGGAAGCCCUUUUAUUAAUAUACCCUCCCUACGUGUGUUUAUCAGUCGUUAGAAAAACCCAAAUGUAAUCUGCCUUUUUUUCUUCCAGUUGCAAAGUCCACGUAGCUUUGCAUGGGGUUUCCUCUCAGAGGAACACUUCAAUGCUCUUCCUUAUUUUUUUUCUAACCUCAUAUAAAUACUAUUUCUAAGUCAGCAAUGCAGAGCCAAAGAACAGCCCUCUGAAAACAAACCCAGGGGAAUAUUCCUAAUGUUCACAAACUACCCUACAAUAAACAAACCAGAGAGC